ACAGCUUUCAAAUAAAUUCAAAGAAGUUUCUAUCAUUCAUCAAAUCAUUGGUCGCGUGAACAAAGUUGACCAUUGUUGCGAAUUCCGUGCAGGAGUGUCAUAGUCAUAAAUAUAAUAAAUCGCCUCCAGGCAAAUGUCACGAACGACGCGUUAUCCGUGGCCCGUGACAGUGCCUUUGUUUGCUAUAAAUAGAAAAAGUAGGUUAUCCGCGAAAUCAAUUCUGAAAAUAGAGCAUAUUAUGAAACUUUUAAAAGAACGUUUUGAUUUUUUUAAUGAAAAUUGAAAGGAGAAAUGAUUUUAAUAUAGAUUGAUUCAGAUCUUGCAUCCUUUUAAACUCUCUUUUUAUUUUGUGCGUCAAUGCCAAAAUAUUAGAUAAUUUCACUAUGGAACUGAACAAUGUGGGAAACAGUAAAAGUUCCAUAUAUAUGGCAAUAUCAUUUAAAAAAUUGUGUUUGGCAACAGUGUCUUUACCUCUGGUCACACUUUUAGUCUGUUUUGUUACAGCAUAUAUCUUUCAACAAGAUGAUAUCCAUGAAACACACUGCAGGGUUUAUAAUGUACUUCCAUCAAUCUCAGCUAUUACUGGUAUAUCUCCUCAACGAUAUUUGUGGCGCAUAAGCAUAGCUCUACACAUAGGUCCUCGCUUAAUUAUUGCUACUGUAUAUCAUUCAUAUUAUUAUAAAAUACUUAAAACAGUUGAAGAUGUACCUUCCAAAAUUAUGGGAUUUAGACUUUUAAAUCUAUGUUAUUGGUUAAGCAUGGCAGAAGUGGCAGCGCUAUGUGGAGUCACAUAUAUUUCUAACAGAGAAAAUUAUUAUGUGCAUGAAAAAAUUUUCAUUAUCUUUAUGAUCAGUUCUUUAACAUAUAUGCUAGCAGAAGUGAGAUUGGGUCGUCUUGUAACACCAAAUGCACUAAGUCUUCAAUACAAACAGGCACUUUUUAUAACUAGUCUUGUUAGUACUGUUGGUCUCAUCGUUUUCUUUCUAAAGCAUAGGUUACUGUGUCAUGAUCUCGCAUUUAGCUGGUUUUCCUUUUGUGAGUAUGUGAUUGCCUCUGCAAAUAUGGGUUUUCAUGUAACCGUAAUUCUAGACUUUCCCAAGGAGCAGCUGGUUGUUGGAAAUGGUUUACCUGCCUCAAAGGUGGAUUAACUUGUAACAUUUUAUAUUCAUUAUUAUCUUAUUAUUGUCAUCAAAGUGCCUACUGCCACUGUCUGGAAGUGCUAUUGCCAAAAGUGAAAAAGUAUAUAAUACCAUACUAUAUAUAGCUGAGUAUCCACUGAUGAAUAUUGGUAAAUAUUUCUUAAUAAACUAAUUGUACAUUAUAUGAAUGAAAUCAAAACCUUAAUGAAAUCAAAUAUUCAAUAUUCUUAUCUUAAGGAAAACAAUUACGAAUGCAAGAUCUAUAUAACAGUUAUAAUUUAUAUUUCUCCUUUUUAUAAACUUAUUUUGACUGAUUAUAAAUUUAUUUAAAUUAUAAUUUAUACUCGACAGUAUUUUUAAAAAUAUUUAUUUGUGACGUAUUUAGAUAUUUGAAUAAAUAUAUCACAGAUAAUAAUUUUUAUUAAAAGAUAUUUUAUAUAUUUGGUGGAUUUAAAGCACAGCAGAUGUGCUUUAAUCAGUAGAUGUUUUCUUUUAGCAAAUUUUAUCAAAAUAGUAUUAAUUAUAUUCUUUUAUGUAAUGCUGCAGAUAUGUAAGAUAGUUUUUACUUUAGCAUUUCUUAGUUACUGAUGACUUUUUUCAUAAAUACACUUUCAAAUUAUUUCCAUAUGAAAAUUAUUUCAUAUGAAAUAUGAAAACAAUUGAAGAUUAAAGCUAAAAUGGAAAAAAUAUAUUUUAAAAAAUCUAGCGCUUCCAAAGUAUGGCACUGGUAUCUUCCCAGGCAAUGAGAAAAAAUCUUAAAUGGCCUUUUAGGUAAUGAGAAUUUGUAGUGAUACGGGACAAAUGUGUAUCCUACAUACAAACAAUAUUAAGCUUAAAAGUCCAAAAUAAUGAAAUUUCAUAUUUAAUUUAUGUGCAUCUAUUGCAAAAAGAAAAAAGAAGAAUUAUUAUUAGCACAAAGUAAAUGCUCUUUUAUAGUGAAUUUUAAAUUGCUUCUCUGUAAGUUCUUUAAGAUGUGAGAUUUCUAGUCAGUAUUUCAUUCUAGUCCUUUUACAAUUUUUUUUCUUUUUUUCUAUCUUUUUUUAUCUGCUUUAAAAGGAGCAUCGUUAUCAUGUCAUGAAUUUUUGACACAUUGUUAGCAUGUAGGAUGCAUUUACCUACGUUUAUGAAAUAACUGUAUGUAAUUUUAAUUUAAGAUACAGUAGAGAUAUUGUUCAUCAUUGUACAGUUGUAAUACCAUUAAUAUAUUUUAUCGUAUCCAUAUAAUACACAAAUCACACAUCAUAUAAAAUUGAAAGGAAAAAUAUAACCAAAAGAGAUAUAAGUUACUCAAUAUUCACGUAACAUGGAUUAUAGCAAUACUGUGUUAUGAACAUAAGGAUGAAUUACCAUGUUCAUAUAUGUAGCAUAUAAUCUUUAAGUGCAAUCGAUUGGUAUUCAAAGUAAUCUCAACGAAAAUAGAAAAUGCUGACAGAAAGUGAAAUUGAUGACUAUCUUGUACGAUAUAUUCCCGACCAAAGCAUGAAUAUUACGUCCAAAAAUCACGGAGUAAAUUGAAUUGAUAAUUCAAAUCACUGUUUGUACUUGUACUAAAUUUUAUAAUCACAUUACACCCUUUCAAGAUACUCACGUUAAAUAUUUCACAGAAAGUAUUAAAUAAGAAAAAGGAAAAGCUGUUUAUGAUGAAGUACACUAUUGUUGUUAUUGGAAUCAGUUGUAUAAAUCCCAAACAUUACACAUAUAAUUAUGAGAAUAUUACGUAAGUAAGAUCAUGAUUAUGUUUCUUAAAAAUUUUGUUUCAAAUGCAACUAGCUUGAAGUAUGUUUACAUCGUAUAAUUUGGUAUAAGGAAUUUUUUCUUAUAUUGCUUUUACUCAUUUGUUGAUAAAUACAUGUCGUCAAUGUAUUUCUGUAUUAUUUACAAAAACGAUUACAUAGCAUUUCCUUCUUUGCUGAAAUAUAUUAAAUUAUUGUUUUAUAAAUUCGAUUGCCAAGUGUUCAAAAGCAUGUGAAAAUUGUAAGUCAUGUACAAUCACUCGAGCAACAUAUAUUGGUGGUUCUUAUUGUAAUACAAAAGCAAGCGUUUAUACUCGUUUAGAUAAAUAUUUAUAAGAAGGGAGCCAUCUUCAAUUUCGAUAAUCUUUUAAUAUAUUGUCAAAAUCACCAUCCUAAAUUGUAUUGUGAACUCGUACCCCGUAAAAGCUAAACUUACCGUAUCUAUUAAAUCCUAUUUAAAUUGAAAUAGGAGUUGGAUUAGCUUAGAUCUUUUUCGGGUGAGAGUGCAGGGGCUGGGAUAAAGUCCCUCCCAUGUCCACACUUUUACUGCAUAACAUACAUCAUUUUGUAGUAACGAAAUUAAAUACAACGAGCUGUUCAUUACUGAUCGUGAGUUAUCUUUUUUUUUUUUUGUUGAAAAGGUUUAAAAAGUUAGUUCUGUAGGAGUUAUAAGAAAUAUCAAUAACAUAGACUUCAGUAUGUAAAGGCGAAGAAGAAAGAUAAACAAGAGCAUUCGAUUUACAUUUAUACAUUUUACUAAAUACAAAUGGCACCCAAGAAAUUAUGUGUUUUUGAGUAAACGUUUUUUCAUAAUAACUUUUUAAUAAACAGUGACCUCCAACUAAAACCUUCACGACACUACCUAGGAUGAUGACACUGAUAACAUAUUAAAAAAUUAUCGGAAGUGGAGCUGCCUUUCUGUAAAUAUCUACUUUCGUUCGUAAUCGUGACACAGAAAUAAUUACGGGCUAUUACUAAUUAAUUUAUCGGUACAUAUGUUAAAAUCUGUGCCAAGUGAUGUAUUAAAGAUAUUGUAUGUAUAUGUACCAUAUUGCAUAGAUUUUGAUUUGACAACAGAAUAUCUUUAAUGAAUCACUUAUUCAUAAUUAACCAUUUUUAUAAUUUUACUUUGUUUGAAUAUAUGUACUAUUUCGAAAUUGAACGAAUUUCUAUACUUGAUGCACACAAAAUGAAACAUACUGUUUUUCUAUGAUAAUUGCAAAAAUAAUUUAUUUUGCGCUAUAUAGGACGUUUCAAAGAGGAUGUACAAAUUUUUGGGAGAUUAUUAGUGUAUGUUUAGUUAAUAAAUUACAAUUUUAUCGAUAUCGUAAUAAACUUAUAGAUUUAAUGAAAAUAUUGCGUGAUUAUAAAUAAACAAAUAAUUGAAAUUAAACUUGGAUUUCUAUUGUGAAGUAGUUAAGAAAAUUAUUUUAAUUAUUAUAAAUAGAAAAUUUAUAUAAACCUACAAAACUAAAAAUAUUUGUGUUCACACAAUAUAGCUAAAAUAAUUCUCAAUUUAAUUAUUAAUUAGCAUAAUAUAUUUUUUAUUGAAAAAUUUAUUUUUCGCUAAAACAAUCUCCCAAACAAUUUUUCAGAAUCUUUCUCUCUCUGGCGUACGACAACUUACGUGAGAACAUAUUUGGAAUUACUAUAAAUAUUGAUACGUACAUUUAACUAGAUAAUAUUGUAUCCAUCGCUAUUCAUUUCAGUAUCUGAUUUUAUAGAAAACUUGUACAUAAAUAUUAUCUUUAUAUUAUAUAAACAAUCACUCGCUUGUUCAAGCGGCAGAGAAAGGUACCACAGUUCAUAUAAAAUAGGAUCGUCUUUGUCGAUGUCAGAUUGUGACUUGUAGCAACCUUGACUUGUGUAAGAAUCUCUAUUUAAUUAUGUCAGCCAGUUGGCAUGAUAACACUAUUAUGAAAUAGGCUGAAUGUGUCCGUGUGGCUGUUCGAACAAGUCUAUUCUGUAAAAUACAUAGUUGGAAGCGGGUUCUGGAGCAGAGUCUUACCUGCACUAUAAUUCUAGCAAUUAUGUAUUAAAACCGCCAUACUUACACUUUGCUCUCUCUGGCUCGUGUGUACAUAGAGCAAAUGCACAUAUACAUAUAUACAGAUACGAACAUAGUCGAAAAUAUUGAAAAUACAAUGAGAGAAAUUUUUUAUCGCGAUUCGAUAAAUUGUAUUCAUACUCGGAUCAAGAGAGUUGAUGGUAACAGUUGGUAUAUAGAAUUUUGAUUGAUCGAAGAUUAUGAGGGUAUUCUAGUUUAGAAAGCUUAAAAUUCGAUUUUUGGAUCUUUUCAUUGCAUAGGUGAUAAAACUGUGUUCCUAAAAUAUUUAUGUAGGUAUAUGAUACGCAUAAAAUUGAGAUAGCGAUACACAGGUUUAACAAUUCAUAAGUAUUGGGACAUUUACUGAUUUUAUGUACCAUGUAAUAAUUAAUCCAGAUUAUUAAGAAACCCAUUAAUCGGUCAGAAUUAUGCAUUUCGAGUUAAGAAUAUGUGAAAAAUAUUUAUAAAUGUUAUUUAUGCAGAAAUUGUGGAAAAUAAUAAAUUGUAUAUUGAAGUCCGCAAUUUAUUAAUUUAAAUUUCAGGCUGAUAUAUUCAUGGAUGGCAACGAUUCAAAACCAGCAAAAAAUAUUUGUAAAAGUUAUUUACAAAAAUUAUAGAAAACAAUUAAUCGACAAUUCUAUACUGACACUAACAAUUCUUUGAUUUGAUCACUUCAUUGAAAAUAUUUUAAAUGAAUUAAAUAUUUUUGUUAUUAAUUUGUAUUAAUCUUUUUUAUUUUUGAAAUACAUGAAACCAAAGAUCAACAAAUACGGUGGACAAUCUAAUAAUAUCAGAAUCCCGAGAAAAUAAACGUUAAUUGCAUUAUUUAUAAUUGACGACAUUUUUAUACCAUAUAUAUACAUUAUACAGAUGUUCUAUAUUAUAAAAUUUUAAACCAAUUAUAAUAAUUAGACUGCGGAUGUUUAUAAAUAUAAAAUAUGCAGAUAUAUACAUACAAAUAAACAAAAAUGUCAGAAAUAUAUUUAAUGUAUGUUUAAAAUUUCAAAUAUUUAACAAUUGAAUAUCUAGCAAGAUAUUUAAUAUCUAAUAUCUAUUUACGUCUAAUAAUAAAUUACUUGAUGAUAUUUGCGUGUAAAAUAUAACACUCGUCAGUCUUUUUAAAUAUUUGUGUCUCAAAAAAUUGAAGAACAGUUCUCAGACAUUUCCAUCCUACUCGCCACACGGUUCACGUUGGAAGUAACGAUGCGAAUUAAUCAAAUCAAACUAUCUUAAUUCGAAACACGUGGUACUAUGACGCUUAACCAACCAUACGAAAUUUCAAAUACACAGUUUAACGUAGUUCAUAUUUAACAUCGAUUACAUAUUGUUAUUAGCACGUUAUACAGUUAUGAUAAACUAAAUCAAUAUAAUAGGAUAAAUACGUCACAUAAGCAUAUAAUAUGUUUUUACAUAUGUAUUUAAACAUAAAUGUGCAAUAUAUCUACAUUAUGCAAAGAGUGGAAAACAAAAAAAGCAAAUUUUUUUAGUCUUUUAGUCACAUAACAAAUUUCUAUCGGGUUUUCGUUUUUCUACUUGAAUUCUAUAAAAAUAUGCACUUGCAUAAACUUCUGCAGUCUAACAACAACUCCAAAGGUUUUAAUCUGAUGUUACUGAUGCUAUUAAAAUAAAAUAUUUAAUAAAAUCAAAUUUAUUAGGUUCAUCUCAUUUUCCGUAUUGUGUCCUAAUACUUAUGAAAUACUUAAGGUGUAAGCUAAUUAAAGCUAAUUAUAAUGACGCCGAAAAGUUUGAAUGCAUUCUGCCUAAGCUAGUAUCUCUCAAAUUGGUGGCACAGUUCUCUCGAAAACCAUCAAUUGACUUGUGCUUUUACACAUAUACAGAAUAACAUUGGCUAUUGUUUGAAUUAGAAUUAUAUCGUUACCUACGAUUUCUUCUCUUUUAAGAUUAAAAACAGUCGCAGAGACCGACGUUUUGACAAAUGUUGUAUGUACAUUACUUAUAAUAGUACGGACGAUAUUUAACUUAUAUAAAUUUAAAAUAAUACUAAAAUAAUUCAUUUGCGUCAUGAGAUGUUUAAUCUGUGCCACCAUUUAUCUAAAACUAAUAUAACCUUUAUUUUACUAUAUUGUGAUAUUGACACGAACUAUUCGAAAUAUCUACAUACAAUAUUUUUUGUCACGUACCAAAAGUCAAUAAAAAAAAAUCGUCUAAAUCGGAAUAUCCCAUAAAGUUUACGAUUAAAGAGAUGAAAAAUGAAAAAUGUCGGGACAACUUUUAGAGAUAUACAUGUGUAUUAUUUAUUUAAUAUCUCUAAAUCGUUGCAUGCAUGUACGCACAUUAGUAUUUUCGAGAGGAGCUUUUUACCAUUUGACGACGCAAGUUUCAACAGGUAUUUAAAAUUUCAUCUUGGAAAGAUGGAAUUUGUAGAAUACACGAUAAAAAAAAAAUUGUAAGAGACUUUUAUUAUGAUAAUACACUCGCGCUCUCAGAAUGAUUAAAGAGAAAACAAUACACUUGAUGAAAUUAUGAUGAAAUUAAUUAAAAAUAUUUGCUCUACUCGUAGGAUAUUAUUCGUGUUUUUUGUUCUUUAGGCCGACAAUAUUAAGUUUAAGGUCAAAAUUUUACGUAUAGUUAUUUGCAAGUAAGAUACGAGACAUAGUCUCGUAACUAUAGAACCAUUCUAAAAUUUUAUAUUCUGUAUAUGUUAUUAAAUUUCCAACUCUUAUCAACAAUAAAGAAAAAGGAACGAAGCGUACCAUGUUUUAAAUCAUACUAAGAAACCAUAUUUCGUUUAAAAUAAACAAGAAUAGAUUAAAUUUCACUGGCAAAAAGGCAACUACAAGUGAAAACGUAAAAAACUAGAUUACUCUUUCUUUCAUAACAGCAGAACCAAUAUAACAAAAUAUUUAAUUACACAAAAAUUGAGACCGUUAUCAGAAUACAAUAAAAUGAAAUUAUAAGAGUAAUCUACGUAAUAAUAUGUGAAAUCCCUUCUAUUUUCAAUACGUUUAACUGUUCGAUUUUACAUACUUUUAAUCAGAUUCUGUCGUGUUGUAUCUUUUACCUCGUACUUGCAUAGAAACUACAACUUUUAGAAUGGUUUUAUAGUUAUAAGACACAGAGUAUAUACAUAUAUAUUUUUUCCUGUUUUUAUUAAAGAUUCAGGAAUUCCGCACACCAGAAGCUUUGUAAACUUAAUCGAACGUAUUAAUUAGCAAUAAUGAAACAACCAAAACAUAUCGAUUCGAUACAAUGGUCGAAACUUUGAUUUCUGUAUAAAAAUGUGGAUUUAUCGCCAUUUACAAUAAAAAUAGCGGGAAAUUAGAAAAGAUUCGCAAUUUAUUGAAAUGAAAAAUUUUAAACAUUUCCAUACGAAUGAUAUGUUUUAUUUUUACAUAAUUUAGAUAUCGAAAUUAUUCUUUUAAUUCAAUAAGCAAUACGCCCAGAAAUGGAAAUCUUAAUAAUAUUUCUUUCGCGAUACGCCAAUUAUUUAAAUAAUCGACAAUUCUGUGAUAAUCGGCACAAAUAUAUAGCUGUUUUGCUGUUUGUAUAGUAAUUCGCGAAGUAUACGUAUUGUUAUUUAUACAGUAUUUAGUUAAGUUAGUGUAGUUAAAAAAUAGUAAUAUAUAAUUUGUUUACAAUUUUUCCAGAUCUGUUCCUCUUUAAUUUCGAAUAGCGAUUUUGUUAUAUAUAGGUUGCGUAUCUUUGUACAAAUUUAUAUUCUUAUGAAUAUGAUUAAAAAGAUGGAACAUAGA